GUGCACUCAAAUACAAAAGCAGCCGAGAGAAAGACACACACACACACACACACACUCACACGCACUCACACACACACACACACACACGCUGCUGCCUGUUUCACUAACACAACUCCACAGCACACUUCUCCAGCUCUGAAUACUGGAAUCACAUGGCCAGAGUGUGGGACAGGAACGAACUCAACCGCAGGAUCUAAAAUGUCAAUCUCUGGAAGAUAGAGAAAGCUUUUGUUUGAAGAACAGGACGAUAAGAAUUCCAAAAAAGGAGCAGGACUCUUCAGAAAGCGUUUUUUAUAAUUUUUUUGGUAUACAGCACACUUAUUCAAAAGCCUACAACACACAAACAGACACACCAUGCUGCAGCAAAUCCUAGCUGACAUGCACAUCGACCCUGAUGUCCUAGACGGCUUGAACGACGAACAGAAGAAGAUCCUGUUCUUUAAAAUGAGAGCAGAACAAGUCAGGCGCUGGAAGGAGUGGGAGGAGAAGGAGGACAAGGAGGGGAUAAAAGGAGAGAAGCGUCAGCAAAAGAAAGGCCCUUGUAAAAGUGUGAGCUGGUUGCUGGACAGUUACGGUGAAGUGCAUGUACAUAUUUUCGAAGAUCCAGAGGAGUCCAAAUCUCCAAAACUCACCCUGUCCAAGCUGAAAAACCUGAUGGCGAGCCCUAAAAUUAUCAACAGAGGAAAAACAGAACCUGUAAAGACCUGCCUGACAAAACCAGAACCAGGGAUCCAGCUGCUGCUCAAGAAACCAGAGGAGCUCAGCGAUUCUACGACAGUCUCAGAUGAGUCCAAGCAGGACAGUGGUUGUGAUCAGUCAGCUGACGACACCAGGGGCCAAACAGAUGACUCAGAUUCAGGCAGCGCGGAGGAGGACACAGGCCUUUACAGAUCACAUGUGAGCAACACAGAGACAACAGCAGCAGACAGAGAGAUUCAACUGCACAGGGAGAUGAAAGAGAAGCCGUCAAUCAGCGUCAAGAUACAACUAGUGAACACACCCGCACAAUACAAAGAAGUGAUGAAAGAUAAGGACAGCGGUCUGACGUAUGGCAGUCGUGUGGCUGUACUCAGGAAGAACUUCAACAGCAGUUAUGCUCCAUGUGUCAAACCACCGAUCCCCUGCAAGCCCACUCACCUCCUGGCCUCCCCCUCUGUCAGAUAAACACAACACCGCCACACUGCACACCUCAAAAAAACAUCCUAGUGUAUCCAAAAACCUGCAAAACGAACUAAAAAACCAGCGCAUAUCUGAGCGUGUGAGCAGAUCCAGGUGUGGACGCAGCUGGAGGCGGACAUUGUUCGGAAAUCAAACGCUUCUUAUGACCCAGCUCGAGCCUUCACUUUUCACACUGUUUACAGAAAAUCGUGGUCUCCAGAGGACUCCAACAUUUGUUCUACUGCCUUAUAUAGUUUAUUUUUUUGUUUUUAUAUAAACUUUGUUUUCUUAAGGGGAGAAUGACCAAAGCUAUUGUUCAAUGUUUUUAUAGAUAAUGGCUCAUCUUUUUAUCUGGCUGUAAAUAAUGGUGUCGUAUUGUAUUAAAUAAAACAACUGGUUUUAA